AUAUUUUUGUAAUUUUUCUUCCAAUUUUUCGACCACAAUCUCACUCACUCUCAACACAUUUAAUGUUCUGGAAGAAUUGCGCAUCAAAAGUGAUUGGAGAAAAUUUUUAGAAAACUCUAAUAAAAACCAUUUAAACUACAACUUAAUCAAUUGAAAUUGAAUGCUAAGAGUCUGAAGGAUCUGUUUCAAGUGAAGAAACAUUUAGGAAGUUGUUAGGACACGUUUUGUUUUACAUUGGAAAUUUUCCAUUGUUUUGACCUGUUUUACAACAACAAUUCAAGCAAACGGCACGUAUUCGUACAACAACAGCUCUAAAAGUCGAACCAUUUGUGUCUCAAAAGUAAUAGCACAAGUUGAAUGAGAAAGGAUUCUUGUUCAAUUUGGUUACAAGAGAGAAACAGUGAACUUUGCCUUGGAUCAUCGAGAAGAACACGCAUGAAAACGUGUUCAGACACUUCACUGUGAGAGAACUGCGUUUCACGAAAAUAAACACACGGCAAAACGAGUCUCUAAGCAUCGACAGUAAGAAGAAGAAAAAGUGAAUAAUAAGAGAAGAGAAAAAAGAGGGAACGAAGCGAUUGAAAAUUGAAAGUUGUUUUGCGUAGUGCAUAGAAAAAGACUAAGACAUGGAUUUUAAGAAGAAAUUUGACGUUGAUGCAAUGCUCAAUGAAGUGUCUGAUGACGGAGAUGUUUCUGAUAAUUUGGAGACUGAGGCAGGAGAAAAGGCAGUCGAUAAUGGCGAAAAGAAUUUGCUGAAGAAACCAUUGACUGUUGAAGAACAUCGUGCGUUGAGACGCAAGACCAAGAAGAAUCUUGGUCGACAAAAUAGCAAAGAAGGUGCUUUGGGGAUGGCAGGAGCACCAAAUUUUGUUGCGCCUCAAAGACGUUGGAAGAAUUCACGACGACCACGUAACGGACAAGGCCGCGGACUCACCAAGAAAGCUGGCGGUGGACGCGGAAAUUGGGGAAAAAUGGGAAGCGAACUUCUCGAAGAAGUCGAACUUGAUCACAAUGAUCCAAACUUCAAUGAUGAUGAAGAUUUGGAGAAUGUCGAGUUUAAAGAAAUUGUUUGCAGUGGCGGUAAUGCCAGCAACGAUGAAGAAUUUCUGAAGCAUUUUGAAUUGAUAAUGUUGGAAUACUUCGAACAUGGGGAUAUUCAUGAAGUGGCAAGUGAGAUUGAUGAGCACAUUCGAAGUGGAACAUUACGGCCAUUGGUCAUUCGUAAGGCAAUUGAAAUGGCUUUAGAACAUAAGAAUUCCCAUCGUGAGAUGACAAGCGUGCUGCUUAGCGACCUUUAUUCAAGAUGUCUCAUUGAAUCCGAUUAUGAAAAAGGCUUCGAUAUGUUGCUUAACAAUUUGCCCGAUUUGAUUCUCGAUACGCCUGAAGCACCCCAUUUGCUAGGCAAUUUUAUUGCUCGUGCUGUUGCGGACGAUUGCUUGAUGCCAAAAUAUGUUCAUCAAUUGUCGCAGAAUCGAAGACGAAAUUCGCCAAAAACAAACGAACGUAAUGGAAACGAAGAAGAAUCAGAAAGCGGUUCAGGUCGGACAUUAAAUGAGUACGCUCAACAAGCGCUCGAUUAUGCUGAAGGUCAUUUAUCAUUGCACAACGGCUGGACGCAUUUGGAUAAUGUUUGGGGUGUUGCUGGUGGAUUACGUCCUGUUAAUCAUAUUACAAAGCAAAUGGAAUUGCUGUUGAAAGAAUAUAUCUUCUCUCGAGAUAUUGUGGAAGCCCAGCGGUGCAUCAUCGCUUUGGAGGUUCCACACUUCCACCAUGAAUUGGUUUAUGAGAUUGUCAUCAUGACAUUAGAAGCUUUGAAUGAAAGCAUCGAAGACGCAAUGGGGAAAUUAUUGAAAUCUUUGGAGCAAAGUUGCGUCGUUACUAUGGAAAUGAUGGAGCAAGGCUUCCAACGUGUUUAUGAUGACAUUCAGGAUAUUUCCAUUGACAUCCCUUUGGCUUACAUUAUCCUGGAACGUUUUGCUCAACGCUGCCACAAUUUGGGAGUUUUAUCCGAAAAAAUGAUGAAGAAUUUGCCGUCACGUGGUCGCAAACGUUUCGUUUCGGAAGGUGAUAGCGGCUUAAUCAAGCCCAGCUCCAUGAUGUUCCGUGACUACUAAAGAGCCAUAAAAGUUUAAACGCAGUAACCAGCCACAGCCAGCUUUGAAUCAAGAAUAUCAAAAAAUGAAUUCAAAAUUCUUACAAGAAAAGUUUAAAGAGUUGGAAGACGAAAACUACGAGUUGAAAAUAUUUAAGAAGAAUCAGGAAGGCAUGCCCAUGGUGGAUAAUGAGAAUGACAAGGAAAUUUUAUGUGGAAAUCAAUCAACAGUGUCCUUGAAACAUUACGAUCAGCUUCUUUGCGAUUUACGAUGUCCCGGUUGUCAUUCACGUCUUCAAGCUCCAAUUUAUAUUUGCAUGAGUGGUCAUUCUAUUUGUCGUAUUUGCCGUGUUUCACUGAGAGCAUGUCCUGUAUGUGAAAGUGAACUCAGCAACAUUCGCUCAUGUACACUCGAAAGAUUAGCCGGAAAGUUUCAAUUUCCUUGUAAGAAUUUACGAAACGGUUGUGUGGUGCGAAUGCCAUUAGAAUUGAUGAAAUGGCAUGAGGAAAAAUGCAUUUACAAGAAAACAAGUUGUUUCAUGGGAAAGAUCUGGCAUGAUUGCAAUUGGCGUGGGUGUGAGAGUAAAUGGAUCGAACAUUGUAAACAAAAACAUUCGCAAAAGAUUCUUGAAAAACACGAAUCAUUUGAUCUUGUUUGGAAUUUUGAGUCGUUAAAGGACAACGCUGGACCGAUCAUUGCUUUCUAUAUAAUACAAAAUUAUGGUGAAACUUUCAAUUUAUAUCAGAUUCAUGAAGCUAAACAAUCAUCUCUCACUUGGACGAUUAUUUUGGCUAAUCACAAAAUAUCUGAAGUCAGCAACCACAAUGCAGUUAUCAAAUUGCCAAGAUUUUGCUUUGAAUUUGAAUUUUACAACAAACAAGAUCCAAGCUAUUUGUUAAUUCAAAGAUUUCCCAUUCAUUAUGAAGACUCGGAAGACGUACUUGAUGAUGGAAGAUGCAUGAAAAUUUCAUUACAUGAUGUUGAACGAUUCUUAGAUGAAAAUCAGAAUUUAUUCUAUCGUGUGAAGAUCCUUUCCGGUUGUUUCAAACAAAAUCGAAGUAAUGAAGUGAUCGAUGACAUGAAUCAUCAACAACAAGAAAGCGUUGUUAAAACUGAUGACUUUUUAUAUUUCGACUCUGAAAUUGAAACUGAAAGAAUCAGUGAAAAACGAGUACAAGAUGACUGGAUAAAGCAAAUAUUCGCAAAAGAAUUCAACGAUAAAACCAGAUCCGAUGAACAAGCUAAACUUAUUCCUAAGCCACCUAGGAAAUCCUUAGAGAAUCGGAAAUCAUUGGAAAGAAAUGUUAACAUUGAUUCUUACAAUGACCUUAAAUUGGGUGAUUAAUAAUGAAACCUUAUCAGUUUAUUAAUAAAAACGUUAAAUUUUAUUAAAAUUAUAAUUUUUCAAAGCAAUUAUUUUAAUUCAUAAUCAUCAGGAUGAUAAGUUUCUGUCAAUAACCGAUAAACGUAUGACGGCGUGUAUCCACCAUUGCUUGAUAUAAAUAAUGUGAUAAGUUCAGGUGGAACAUAAUCAAAGACGGGGGCGUAUGCUUUGAUUGCAUUCGAGACUCGUGUGUUGUAAGGCAAAACACUUUCCGUAUUGCCCACAAGAUUGAAUGCUUCUUGUUCGAAAUUGCAUAAGAAGACCGGUGACAACUUAAACAUCGGUACGAGAACGAUGACAGGAGUUGAAUGAUGUUUUGCUGCAAGAGCAACAGUAAAAGCGCCACUAGCUGCCCUUAAACCACCGUCAGCUAACACACUGUGAGUUCCUAUGAUGACUUUAUUAACACGCGACAUGUAAGCAAAAAUAGCCGAGUCAGGAAUGACGGUGGCGUCAAUUUUUGCAUUUGCUAAUGAUUGAGCGAGCAUGUGACCCCGACAUGACGGAGCACAUUCAGCAACCACAACUUCAAAUUUUCUCUCUUUAGGCACCGAUUUGAGAAACUUCUCAACACUCUUCGAAUAGCCGAGAGUCAAAAUAAUUUCUGAUGAAUGAACAUGUUCAGGAGCUUGCUGAGAAAGAUUAUCGUGACUCAGAUGAAGCUCAUUUUCGAUUUCAUUCAAAUGGUUGAUAAGAUUUUCGCGAAGAUCAACAUGCGAGUUUGUAUAGUCGGAACGUUUCUCGGAACGUUCGCUGUUUUGUGUGACAAGUUUUUGAAGUGAAGCUGCUUGAGAAUCGUCAAUUUGUUUAGCUUGUUGAGGCAUGUUAAGUUCAUCAUAUUCUUCUCUAAUAAUUUUCAGACACCGACGAACAAUAUUGGCGAGUAUCGCUUCUUGAGGAAGUGCGUUGAUUAAAAUUUUCCCUGUUUCACGAACAAUUAUCAUCAAAUCGUCAGCAGUUUUCCACGUUGUGCUAUUCACAAUAGUGAGCAGAUUUUCAAGCAUGUAUUUAGAUAUAGGAUACGACCCGACAAGCUUUCCAACUUUUACGUCAUGAAUAAGUUGUGCCAACUCCUUCGUUAAAUACUUGUUACCUUCAAUCAUUUUUUAGGCAGCUACUAUUUGAUUCGUACAGAGAUUAAACGAAAUUUAUUUUCUUGUUUUGGUUCUUAAACCUCACCACGAAUGAAGAAAAUUUCAGAUGAAACGUUCG